GCCAAUUAGACACGUAGGGGCGAGGCGAAUUGCCACACGGGGAAGACAUCCGUUUUCGCUUUAGAGCUCCUUGAGAUCACUAUCUGUUAACAGUCUCUGGAGGCUAUACGGCAGCUUUUGUCGCCCUGUGAUCUGCACUGGUCGUAAGAGUGGGAAGGACUCAGGGAGACCCAGGAAACAGAAAUGGACUCAGUGACCUUUGAGGAUGUGGCUGUGAACUUCACCCCAGAGGAGUGGGCUUUACUAGACCCUACACAGAAGAAACUCUACAGAGAUGUGAUGCGGGAAACCUUCGAGAACCUGGCCUCAGUAGGAAAAAGAGUGGAAGAUUAUGAUCCUGAAGAUCAAUAUAAAAACCAUGGGAGAAAACUGAGAAGUCAUAUAGAAGAGAGAAUCUAUGAAAGUGAAGCGAGUGGUCAGUGUGAGAAAAACCGCAGUCUUAUUUCAAAUCUCAGUCCGAAGAAGAAAACUUUGCCGAGAGUAAAACCAUGGGAAUACAGUGUGCGUAGAGAAGUCUUCAUACAACAUUCAUCUUGUAAUAGGCACAUCAGAUGUCACACUGGACACAAAGCAUAUGAGUUUCGGAAAUGUGGAGAGAAGCCAUAUAAGUGUAAAGAAUGUAGUAAAGCCUUCAGUUAUCUCCAUUAUUUCGGAAAAAGUGAAAGAAAUCUCAGUGAGGAGAAAACCUAUAAACAUAAAGAAUGUGGGAAAGCUUUCAGUUGUUCACGUUCACCUCGAUUACAUGGACUAACUCACCCUGGAGAGAAACCCUAUGAGUGUAAACAAUGUAGUAAGGCCUCCAAAGAUGACUGCUCCUUAAAAAUACAUGAAAGAACACACACUGGAGAGAAACCCUGUGAGUGUAAACAAUGUGGUAAAUCCUACAGAGAUCCCAGUUCCUUAAAAAUACAUGAAAGAAUUCACACUGGAGAGAAACCCUAUGAGUGUAAACAGUGUGAUAAAGCCUACAGAGAUCACAGUUCCUUAAAAAUACAUGAAAGAAUUCAUACUGGAGAGAAACCUUACGAAUGUAAAAUAUGUAGCAAAGCAUUCACUAUCCCAGAGAAACCCUAUGAAUGUAAACAGUGUGGUAAAUUUUACAGAGAUCAUUCUUACUUACAAAAACACAAAAGAAUCCAUAAUGAAGAGAAACCCUAUAAAUGUAAGCAAUGUAGUAAAGCAUUCAAUUGUCUCCGUUAUCUUCAAAGACAUGAAAGAAUACACACUGGAGUAAAACCCUAUGAAUGUAAACAGUGUGGUAAAGCCUUCAGAGAGUCCCGUUUCUUAAAAACACAUGAGAGAACUCACACUGGAGAGAAACCCUACGAAUGUAAUCAGUGUACUAAAGCAUUCAGUUGUCCCAGUUCUCUUAGUAAACAUAAAAGGAUGCACACUGAACAGAAACUCUAUAAAUGUAAGGAAUGUGGAAAAGCCUACAUAGAUUACUGAAAAUUACAAACAACUGGGAGAACUCACACUGGUGAGAAACCUUAUAAAUGUAAGCAAUGUAGUAAAGCAUUCAGUUGUGUCAGUUAUCUUCAAACACAUGAAAGAAUACACACUAGAGGGAAACCCUAUGAAUGUAAACAGUGUGGUAAAGCCUUCAGAGAGUCCCGUUUCUUAAAAACACAUGAGAGAACUCACACUGGAGAGAAACCCUACGAAUGUAAACAGUGUACUAAAGCAUUCAGUUGUCCCAGUUCUCUUAGUAAACAUAAAAGGAUGCACACUGAACAGAAACUCUAUAAAUGUAAGGAAUGUGGAAAAGCCUAUAUAGAUUAUUUUAAAUUACAAACACAUGGGAGAACUCACACUGGUGAGAAACCCUAUAAAUGUAAGCAAUGUAGUAAAGCAUUCAGUUGUGUCAGUUAUCUUCAGACACAUGAACGAAUACACACUGUAGAGAAACCCUACGAAUGUAAACAGUGUGGUAAAGCCUUCAGAGAGUCCCAUUUCUUAAAAUCACAUGAGAGCACUCACACUGGAGAGAAACCCUACGAAUGUAAACAGUGUGGUAAAGCCUUCAGAGAGUCCCAUUUCUUAAAAUCACAUGAGAGAACUCACACUGGAGAGAAACCCUACAAAUGUAAGCAGUGUACUAAAGCAUACCGUUAUUGUAGUUCUCUUUAUAAACAUAAAAUGAAUCACACUGGAGAAACCAUAAGAAUGUGAAAAAUGAAUAAAAUAUUCAGGUGUUUUAACUAUCUGGUAAAACAUGCAAAAUCAUGCUACAGAGAGUUCUAUGAAUGUAAAAAUGGCGGUAAAGCCUGCAGGGAUUACAUUUCCUUAAAACACUCCAAAGAAAUCGUACUGGACAGAAACACUAUGAACAUAAAGCCUAUGGACUUUAAUUUUUUACCAACACAUAAAGACAGGAGAGACCCUGUGAAUUGAGCAAUGUGGUCAAGCUUUCAGUUCUCAUCUAUGUUUACACGUAUUUGAAAGACAUCUCAGUGGAGAAAAGCUGUUGAGUGUACAAAAUGCUGUAAUACAUAGUUAUUCCAGUUAUCUUGGUCUACAUGAGAGAACACUGGAGAGAACCACAUGAAUAUAAAUAUUGGUAAAGCCAUUAUUUGUUACAAACCAUUUGAAGACGUGAAAGUGCACACUGUAGACACCAUUUGAAUGUUUGCAAUGUGCAGAAAGCUUUAAUCCCAGUUUUCUCUGAAGGUAUGAAAGUGGUCAUUGGUUAAAACCUGAAUGUAAACAGUGUGGGAAAGACUUCAAUUGAUUCACAUCCUUAUAAGAGAAAAUUCACCAAAUAAAAUAUAAGUACCAUGAAAAAACUUGAUGGAAAUUAAGCCACGUUUAAUGUUCCAGAAAACUUUUCACAUGAGAGUUGUUAUUAAAUGUCUAAAUAUGUUUUAUCCAGCUUCUUUACAAAAGUGCAUCGUUGGGAUGUGGAUUUUUCCUAAUUUAUGAACUAAUUAUUGAAGUGAGAUAAUUCUGAGUCAUCUUUCAACCAUAAUACAUAAGAUUAAUAGGUAUUGCAUUUUCCUUAAAUCAGUUAAUAUUUUAUUUUUCUCCUUUGAAAUCGGUUGGAUCCAUGAAUAAAUCGAAGUGUAUUUAUAAUAUGCAAUUAAGUUCAAUUUUUAUAAUACUGUAUUGGUUACAUUUUAAGGCUACAUUUAAAAAGGACAGUUUGAUAUUUGGAUUUUCCUACUGGCCUAGUGACAGUACCUGGGUAUGCCUAGUUCCCUGUAUAUAUCCUAACUUUUACUGCCAAAGAUUUUGUGGGGAGGGGAUGGCAGUUAUAAGAGCAUUUUUUAUUUUCCAUAUCAAUUCAUUUGGAAUAAGUUAUGUAUAAUAAGUUUAUGAAAGUAUAAUUUUUUUCUUGUUUCA